AUGGAGGAGAAUGACAAAGUCAUGAAUAAAACGUUCAUCGGAGAAGAAUGUUUAAUACCAUUGGAAGUUUUGGAUUUUAUUAAAAAUUUUAAUCAAUCUGAUUUAGAAGUUAUUUGGCCUUGUCAAGUGCGACAUUAUUGGCUAAGUUUACAACCAUUUGUUCAAUUCGUUCGUAUUUUAUUAGCUUAUGUUACACCUUUCGUCAUUUUUUUUGGAGUUAUACUCAACGCUAUUUCAUUUGGUAUAUUGAGUAAGCCGAUUUUGCGAUUUUGCGAUUCAGGAUUAUCUUUGUAUCUUCGAGCACUUGCAAUAUCAGACAAUGCUGUUUUAAUUUUUGAUUAUGGCGUCGGAGUAGCGAGAUCUAAUUUCUCAGCAUUCAAUACUCUAUUUAUGAACAGUAAAUUUCUAUGUGGCUUUAAUUCUGUGAGUAUGGAAUUUUUCCAAAUAACAUCGACUUGGCUUGUAGUAUCUUUAACUUGGGCGCGAGUCGCUGCAAUUAUUUUUCCUUUACAAACUUUCAAUAAAAAUCACGAUUGUUCGGCUAUCAUCGUUAUUAUUAUUCUGACUUGUCUCAGUCUUAUAGUUUCACUUACAAAAUUGUACUGUGGAGGGUACGAAUCUGACAGUGUAUUUGAAUAUGUAACUUGUCAAAAAAUAGUAAUCCCAUGGGGAAUCCCAAUGUACUUUUACAUAGCUUUUUGUACAUGGCUUCCUUUACUUUUCAUCUUUAUUGGAAAUGUGUUACUCAUAUGUCAUAUGAGAAAGUCUGAUGUAAUUCACAUACAACUAACUCGAACAGUUCAAAAAAAAUUAAACUUUAUUAAUGGAACGAGUGGAACUUUGUUAGCUGUAUCGAUUGUUCAUCUGAUAUUACUAUUACCUAUUGGAUUUGUUGAAACUUUAGAAUUAUACUGGGAUGUUAUAUUGAAAAAAUAUCCUUCUAAAUAUAUUGAAGAAAAUCAACAACAAUAUAUAAGCUGGCUUCAAGAAAAAAUAGGAUUGUUUUUCCAUAUCUAUCAUUGGAAUUUUGCUAUUAACUUUAUCCUCUAUUAUUGGACAGGAAAAACUUUUAGAGAUCGUGUGAUAAGCGCUUUAAGAAGUGGUACUAAAUUUUUGUGUUUAACGAGCGUUGUUAAAUAA